AUGGCGGCCCCUAACGAGGCUCCGUCGACGGACUCGCUCUCGACAUCUCAACCGUCCUCCAACCGCCUCCAAACACAGCCAUAUCAACCACAAUCUCAAACACCAACCCAACAACAUCCGGGACGCCCCUUGCUCUCUCCCCGCCUACAACAUGUCGCAGGCGAGAUACCGCCUGCGCUCUCACCCCUCGACGCCUUCGCAGCCCAGGGCCGUCUGCUCGCCAAACAAUUCGAUGAAUCCCGCAAGGCAGGACGGAGACUGAGCCGUCUCCCACCGUCGAGCGUCGAACGAUCUUUAUCCCAGCCCAGAGGAGGGUAUAAUCGAACACUAUCCGAAGAGGACACAUGGCGGUCACAAACGCCGAUGCGCGCGGGGUUUAAUUUCGAGCAGAGAGGACGAGGAAGAGGGGAUGCAGAGAGGGCUCCGUAUAGCAACGGCAUGUCGCUCGAGGAGCCUACUUUCAGGCCCAAGUCGCAGCAUCCUCGGAUCAGCGGACUUCCUCUCAACACCAGCACGGGCAAUACGUUCCCGAUAGACGAUAGCUGGGAUAACAGGCCGCCGGAGACUUCGUUUGGGGCUCCGCGCGCUAAUUCGCCAGAGACGUUCUGGACUCGAGACGGUUCACAGGAACGGCGCAAGACACCGUCUCCGGGCCCUGGACCGACCAUCGAUAACAGGCUGAAUGUUGUACGCUCGCGCUCGCCCCAGUCGUCCGGCGACUCACCCACACGGUUCUACGCAAAUCAACAGCGGAAUCAGCAGCAGCAGCAACCGCCGCCGCAUCGCCAUAACCAUCUCGCACCUCCUCCUCCGCUACCACGAACGCACAGCAGUCCCGGCGGUACGAGCAAUGGCUCUACCCAGGAAAGCUCGGACGAUGACGGAUCUAGUUCCAAGUCGACCUUCUCGCUGCCACGAAAAUUAUCGUCCAGCAGCGGCAUGUCUGCGCCGUAUUCCCCGCUACCGUCGCAUACGAGCAGACCAUAUCAGCGGUCACCGUCACCGAACUCGGAAGCAGGCACGGGAGGAAGUACGACGCCCAAUCUGACGAAACCGUCGUUCAAUUUCUCCCGGCCGAUGAGUCGAUCGAAUACGUCGCGGUCCAUGCAAGAUUCGCCUACAAAUACAUCUACAAACACGUCUGCAGGCGCCUCGUUCCUCAACAGGGAGAACAAGCCGGCUCCCAUCACCGUGCCAGCGCCCCUGGCCACACCGUCUCCGUCAGCAGACGAAUCGACCGAACCGCCCUUAUCAGCCGGACAGUCGUACAUAUAUGCGAAGUUCUCCCUUCCGCGCGGCCGGCUGAUAUCACGCCAGUCCAAGACGUUCAACGGCGGCGAGCCGCAAGCAAACUUUGAACCACCACAGUUUGAGCGAUCAAUCACCGACCCUGGACCAGCUCCAGCUCCUGCUCCGAUACCUACACCAGCACCAGCCGAAAACACAAACAUCAAAGCUGUACGGCCACCAAUUGACCGCCAACAAUCCAGCACCAGCAUCACCUCCGCCUCUACACAAAGCCACAGCACCAUCCGCCCCUCCACCAACCAACUCACCCAGUCGCAAUCCCACCCCUCACCCAACCCCGACGAGAAAGAAAAAGACAGCGAAAACGAACCGCUGACGGCCGAAGACCAUGUCACCAGGGGCAUCGAAUGCCACGAAUCCGGCUCCCUGAAAGAAUCAACCUACCACCUCCGCCUAGCCGCCAUGCAGAACCAUCCAACAGGCAUGCUCUUGUACGCCCUCGCCUGCCGUCACGGCUGGGGCCGCCGCGCAGACCAAACAGAGGGCGUCCAAUGGUUGCGCAAAGCAGUCGACACCGCCGGCCUCGACCUGGCAAGCAGUAACCCGCCCAGCCCCGAAGCGUGCGACGCCGCACUACAGAAACUUCUCUCCAACAACGGCGACGGGAAGAUGAGUAUCGUGGAACAGAAGGCUCGCCAGGCCCAGCUUGCGCUGUCCAUCUAUGAGCUUGGAGUGAGCAAUUUGAACGGAUGGGGCGUUGAUCAGGACAAGGCGCUUGCGUUGCGGUGUUUUGAGAUUGCUGCGCGAUGGGGGGAUGUGGAUGCGAUGGCUGAAGCUGGGUACUGCUAUGCGGAAGGGAACGGGUGUAAGAAGGACCUGAAGAAGGCGGCCAAGUAUUAUCGCAUGGCCGAGAAGGGCGGGAUGAGCAUGGUCGGCAGCAGCUGGAUAUACAAGGACAAGUACAUGGAGGACGAGACGAUGAAGAAGGGCGGCAGCGUCAAGUCGACCAGCAGCAAGUCUCGAGCCCGCAGCCGCAGCAUCUUCGGCCGCAAAAAGUCCACCGACGGAUGA